ACGACAGAGCCCUACAUCAGCCUCACUGUACACUUCCUGGAUCAAGACUUUGAACUGAAAACGCGAUGUCUACAGACAGCCUACUUCCCCGGAGAACACACUGGGGAAAACAUUGCGUGUGGACUACGUGAGGCUUUGACCAGCUGGAAUUUGCGGGAAGAGCAGCUAGCUUGCAUCACCACCGACAACGGGUCAAACGUUGUGAAGGCCACCGAACUCAACCACUGGGUCAGACUUCAGUGUUUUGGCCACAGGCUGCAUCUUGCCAUCGGUAAGUGUAAAUUAAUACAUUUGCUUUACGUGGCAUUAUUGUUAUCUAUUGCCGUCUUAUUUUGUAAUAUUAUUGUUUUAUUAUUGUUUUUGUUAUUUAUUGUUAUUAUUUUAUAUUGUUUUUUGUUUUUUGAGAACCUCUGUGUCUAUUGUUUUGUAACCUAUUGAUUUUGAGCUCAUGCCUACAAGUUAAACUACUACUACAUGCCACAUAAUGGUAGUCUGUCUAGUCCCUGAAUCAUUACUUUGUAAUUACUGUAGUUAACUAGUAUGUAGUCCCUGAAUUAUUACUUUGUAAUAAUUGUAGUUAAUUAUGCAGUCUCUGAAUUAUUUCUUUGUAAUUAUUAGAAAAUUGUUAGAUUUUGCAGUUAGGCUACAAUGAUUACUGGUAGGUUUUAAUAUUUUUUUCAUGUGUUUUCCUGUCUUUCCAGAAAAUGCUGUUAAAGAUGACAGCCGCAUUGCCCGUGCUGCUGGGCUUUGUAAAAAAUUGGUGGGACAUUUCUCCCACAGCUGGAAGCAGAAGAUGGCACUGAAAGAAGCACAACAGGAGCACAACCUCCCAGAGCACUCACUCAUCACAGAAUGCCCAACUAGGUGGGGCUCGAGGCAAAAGAUGAUGGAGAGGAUCUUGGAGCAGCGGCAAGCCAUAUCUAAUGUCCUCUCGGCAGACCGAAAAACACGGCAUCUGGUUCCCUCCUGGCAGGACCUGGAUGUACUGGAGUCUGUAAACCUGGCAUUACACCCUUUGCAAGUAUUUACUGAUGCUCUUUCCGGGGAAAGCUAUGUGAGUGUUUCAUAUGUGAAACCAGUCCUUCAUCUCUUGAAUACAUCAGUUCUUGCAGAAAAGGAAGAUGACACCAAUUUAACCAAGACCAUUAAAGUGAAAAUCCUGGAUUACAUGAAUACAAAGUAUGAUGACCCAGCAACACAAGAACUUCUGGACACUGCAUCCUUCAUGGACCCCAGGUUCAAGGUCAGCUACAUCAGCAGCGAAAGAGUCCAAGACAUCAAGACCAGGGUGAUGUCAGAAAUGAAAGAAACAGCACGGAAGGAGGGAACACCUUCUGACAACACUGAGGCCCAAAGCAUGGAUCCACCCAGCAACAAGAAGGCAAAGCGAUCAUUGGGCAGUUUGCUCAAAACAAGUCCAGGCCCCACCACUCCCACCGCAUCUUCCAUGCAGCUGGAGCAAGCUCUUGAAGCUGAACUUAACAGCUACUUGCUGUCCCCCACCAUUGACAGUGAGGCAGACCCUUUGGCUUGGUGGAAACUCCACCAGGUCACCUACUCAAGGCUGAGCAAACUAGCUCGGAGGUAUCUUUGUAUAGCUGCCACUAGUUCACCCUCUGAGAGGCUAUUCAGCACAUCAGGGAAUGUGGUAACAUGUCAACGUGCAUGUUUGAAACCCAGCAAAGUCAACAUGCUGGUUUUCUUGGCCAAGAACUUGCCCUAAAGAAUAACUUGCCAUAAGGGUAGAUUUUUUUUUUCCUGAUUGUAUCUUGAUUUAGUUAUUUCAAUUUUCCCCCGCAUACUAUAGAUCUCUGCACCUUGUUGGGCGGAGUCGAGGGCCUUGAUGAUUGUAAUGGGAGACAUUAGUUAUUUUAAAUUGCCAUGCCCAUGUUUAAUUUAUAUUUAUUUAAUUAUUUAAGUUGUUUUCCCCCAGAUAUUUUUUUAUUUCAAGAGUUCAAUGGUUUUGUUCAGUUUAGAAGAAAAUAUUUUAAAUAGAGCAGGGGAAAUUAAACUUCGUUGGGUGUUCAUGUUGUGCACUUUGUUCAAUAAAAGUUAAAUAAAAUAA